AUGAAAGAGAAAAAAAAGGUUUCCUUUGCCAAAGAUCUAAAGCUGAUGAUGUACGGUUUUGGUGACGCCAUAAUACCGCGAAAUGAUACGAUAGAAGUGCUCCAUGAUUAUCUUCAGGGCUAUCUCAAGAACUUGUUGAUCAAAACACAAAACAUGGCGAAAAUAAAGGGAAAGACGAAAACAGAUGAUUUGCUGUACAUUCUGAAGAAGGAUAGAAGAAAAUACAUGAGAGUUAAGGACUUGUUACUGACCAAUGAGGAGUUAAAGAAUGCUAGAAAGGCAUUUGAUUUUGAGGACUACGAAAAGGAAUAA